UCUAAUAAUAUUUAUGAUCGAUAUAAUCGAUUGUGUGUUCGAUAUGCUGUGAUUUAGAGCGAAGUGGGUGAAUAUGAGCAUUCAGAAAUUAGGAAGGAUUGCAAUAUAUGGUGCAGUUGCUUCCAUUAGUGGAGCAUUUGUCCUACAUCACUACACACAAGCCAACCUUGCUUCUGGUGGCUACUACCAGCUGACAAUAGAUGUUGUUAAAAACCAUCAACAAACCAAUGACAUCCUUGGAAGCCCUCUCAGGUUUGCCUAUAUGAAUCUUGGAAGGCGAGAUAUCCAAAUCACCAAGGACAAAGCACAGAUUGUAGUUCCCAUUAAAGGUUCAAAGAGGUCAGGAAAUGUCUUCUCAAAAUCCUCCAAAAAAAAUGAAAGGUGGCAUCUUGAUCAUGUUGAAGUUGAAGUGAAUCAAAGUGGUGGAAGACGAAUAAAAAUACUCUCUGAUGAACAAUCUCCAACAAACACAGAAUAACAAAUGCAGAAAAUAUAUGAAUAAUAACUGUACUAAAAUAUAAUUUGAUACAAUCAUACAGAAAAAUAAAACUAAAAA